AUGUCUAGGCCCAAUCUACUUAUUGAUGAUAGUUCCAUGAUGGCAAGGGAAACCCCUGUAAGGGAAUACGAAGAAGAGGAGAGGACUCUUAAUAUGGGCUCAUCAUUCAUAAAACCAUCACCAGUAGUUGCUCCUCAACGAUCACCAAGAUUUAAUGAAGACGGAACAAUAAUAACUGUUGGAGGAAGGAAUAGAGAAAGUAAUAUUUCUAAAUAUCCUGAUUUGCCAAAUUUUGAAAUGUAUGAAUUUGAUGAAAUGGAAGAAGUGUUGGAGAGAAUUAUUAAGGAGAAUGAAUUUGUGGAAGAGGAGUUGUAUAUUUUCGAGGCAUUUCUAAAGAAAAUGUCGGAAAGGAAUGGUGUUGCACAGUCACAAGACAGAGAUUUAACGCUCAACUCUAGUGCUAUUAUUAAAAACGAACCAGGAUCACAACUAGCAACUCCAACACAUAAGGAUAAAGUUGAAAAACAAAAACAGCAACAACCAGGAGUGCCUGUUCUGACCUCAGAGUCCAUCAGUGAAAUUAGCGACAAUAGAAUGCAAAGAAGAAAAUCCAUAGAUAAUGCUUCAGUUUCAUCAUUCGAUGAUGGAAGUGAUGACGCCAGUUCUGUGGUCAGUAGUGGAACAACAGGUACAGGUAAAAAGAAAAAGAAGAGAAGACAAGCAGUUCAAGAAUAUCAACUAACAUACGAAAAUAAGAUUGAAAUUGGUUUGAAAGCUAUUGAUAUUUUAAGAAACACAAUAGAAAAGGAAAAUAAGAUUUACGAGAAGGAAAUUGAGAGCAUGAGAGCAAGAGUUCAAGAAGCAGAUUUAGAAAUUGAGGAGGUUGAUAAGGAACAUUUGGAAUUCAGAAAAGAAGUAGUUGAACCAAAAGAGGCUAGAAAUCCUAAUGACAAGGUACAGCUUGGAUCUGCAUUGGCUGCUGAGAAAAUUGUACAAUAUUUCAAAAACAAACAACAACAAAAAGAUACACUCCUUCACAAACUAAAAUUGAAAAUAUCUGAAAUGAGGAAACAAGUUGCCAAGUCCAAGACUCAACUUGAAAGUCGAGAACAAUCAGGUGAUCAACUAACCAAGACUGAUUUUGACCAGCUCAAGAUUGAAAAUGGUCUCAUGAAUAAGAAAAUUGAUGAAAGAAACAAGGAACUAGUCGAUUUAAAGUUGAAUACUGGAGCCCUUUUACAAAAGCUGUCGGCCCUCACAGAGAAGUUAAAUUUACUGAAUCAAGACUCAAAACUAUUCAACAAGGAUAUUGAAAAGAGUAAGAAUGACCUAGAUGCUCUGAAAGAGGAAAUUGAGUUUGUUUUAAAGGACAAGGACAUUGAAUCGAAUAGAAACCAGAAGAUGGUUGCUCAACAUGAACAAGUUAAGGUCCCUGAAAUACUUUCAUAUAUUAAAUUGAAAGCCGAGUUGGAUAUGUAUAGAAAAGAAUUAGCUAAUUGGCAACGAAAAGUUGAAAUUCAAUCAAUGAAUGAAAGUAAUACGAGAAAGAAACUUCAAGGAAUGUUCAUGUCAGGAAAGCAAAGGGUUCCUUCAGCUGGAUCAACAAAGAGUGAAAGCAGUCUUUCAGGAAUCUUGACAACAAAUAACCAACUCUCGAGCAAACAACUAUUCAAGAAUAUGUAA